CCCUCUUCCUCCUCCUCAGCCCCUCACUCCUCCUUGAAAAGCUCCCGCUCUUCACCAUCAGCUGGAAAAAUGUCCCGUCCUCGGGAAUGGCAGCGACCGACGACCUUUCUUCUCGCCCCUUAAGUCCCGCUCUUGGCGGCAGCGGGGGCGACGCCACUUGUCAAACGAACCUCAGCUCGCAUCCCCGCGGCGGAAGGAGAAAAAUAAGAAAGGGUUGCUGAAGAUGAUUCGGUUGCAAGUGGGAUUUGGGGAGCUGCUGCCACAAUGAAGAUUUACACACAUGGAGUACCAGUGAUAAUUUUGAUAAGUUACUUCUCCCUUUUGACACAGACAACAAUUGGUGGCAGCAUCCACUUUAUGAAUGGGAAUUACGAUGGUCACCCAAUGCUGUACUUCAGUAAAGGCGAUGUGGAAGAUCUGCGACUCAAGGCUAAAACUACUCACCGGCACAUUGCGAACAGUAUUUGGGACGCCAUACAGGUCAUGCUAUCAAACCCAAAGGAAUAUCUGCCUCCCUGGGACCCCAAACAAUUCAGCGCUCGAUGGAAUGAAAUCUAUGGCAACAACCUGGGCGUCUUGUCUAUGUUCUGUGUCUUGUUUCCGGAGCGAACAGAUGCUGUGGAGCUUGCCAUGGACUACAUGGCGAGGAUGGCAUCUCAGCCUAGUUGGCUUGUCAAGGACGCUGCAUGGGAUGAGGUUCCACUCGCUCACUCACUCGUGGGUUUUGCCACUGCGUAUGACUUUCUGUAUGACCGACUGAACAAAACUCAGCAGGAAAGGUAUUUAGAAGUCAUCAGUGACGCCUCCCAGUACAUGUACGAGAAGUCUUUCAGUCGUGGAUGGGGAUUUCAGUAUCUGCACAAUCAUCAACCCACCAACUGUGUGGCCUUGUUGACAGGAAGCCUGGUUCUCUUGAAUCAAGGUUUUCUCCAAGAAGCUUACUUAUGGGCAAAACAGGUUAUCGUUAUUCUGGAGAGGUCGAUGGUUUUGCUAAAGGACAUUAAGGAUGGAUCCUUGAACGAAGGUGUGGCUUAUGGCAGUUACACCACAAGAUCUCUGUUCCAGUACAUGUUUCUGGUGAAAAGGCAUUUCAACAUCAGCCAUUUCAGUCAUCCCUGGGUUAAGCAGCAUUUUGCGUUCUAUUAUAGGACUGUGCUUCCAGGUUUUCAAAGGACUGUGGGCAUUGCUGAUUCAAACUACAACUGGUUUUACGGGCCAGAGAGCCAACUGGUGUUUCUGGAUACCUACAUCAUGCGCAAUGGCAGUGGUAAUUGGCUGGCAGAGCAGGUCAGGAAGAAUCGGAUUCAGCGAGGAACAGGGUCACCUGCCAAAGCACAGCGAUGGUGCACGCUCCACACAGAGUUCUUGUGGUACGACAGCUCCUUGCCUCCAGUCCCACCUGCAGAUUAUGGGUUACCGAAAUUACAUUACUUCGAAGAUUGGGGGGUCGUGACCUAUGGAGGUGCUUUACCAGCAGGACUUAAUCGGCCCUUCCUGUCCUUCAAAUCUGGCAAACUGGGAGGCCAUGCGAUUUACGACGUUGUUCAUGAAAAGAAGUAUUCGCAGUGGAUUCGCGGAUGGACGAAUUUCAAUGCCGGGCAUGAACACCCUGAUCAGAACUCUUUCACGUUCGUGCCUAAUGGCGUGCCUUUUAUCACAGAGGCCUUAUACGGCCCAAAGUACACCUUCCUCAACAAUGCUUUGAUGUUCUCUCCAACCACAUCAGACACUUGUUUCAAGCAUUGGGAGGGGCAAGUGACAGAGGCGUGCAACUCAAAGUGGUUGAAGUAUAAAAACGGCAUUUCUGGGGAUUGCCACGGCCAGGUCAUCGCGGCUCUGGAGCAGAGUGGUGUGGUCUUUAUCCGAGGAGAGGCUGUGGGCGCUUAUAGCCCGGGCUUGAAGCUGAAGAGUUCUCAGAGGAACCUUCUGCUCCUAGAGCCACAGCUGUUACUGUUAGUGGAUCAAAUCCACUUGGAAGAAGGUAGCUCGCUUGAGAAAAUGAGUGCUUUUUUCCACAACACAGACGUGGGCUUUCAGGAAACCUCAAGAGAUGGGGUGAAUGGGGCAUUUGUUCAGCAAAAGGAUGGCCGGUAUAGAAUGUUCUGGAUGGAUGAUAAAGGCAGAAGUGAAAAGGCCAUGCUGGCGUUCAAGUCCUACCCUCGCGGGUACUCAUACAAUGGAACGCAUUAUGUGAACGUUACAACCACAUUGAGGUACCCAGUGACUAGGACAGCCUAUAUCUUCUUUGGACCUUCAGUGGAGAUUCAAAGCUUUAGCAUUCGAGGGGAUUUGGAUCGAGUGGAUAUAUUUUUAGCAACAAAUGAGAAAACGUAUACAGUAUACCUCUUGACAGGGCAGACUGCCGUGAAACCACUUUUUGCUAUGGUACUAGCCGACCGCCAGAAAAUUGUUUUUGACAGGGCUUCUGCAAUCAGGGAUGUUUCACUGCAGGAAGCGCAAGAUUAUGCGAAUGUCGUUGAGGGAAAUCUUCAGCACGCAAAGUCAGUUUUUCAGCAACUGGAGAAACAGAUCUUGACCCGAGUCUUGAACACCGACAACUUUCGAAAGACCGCUGAGCGUCUUCUAAAACAAUCGGACAAAAGGAAGACGGAGGAAGCCAUUGAAAAGUUUUUCUCUGUCUCAUUUGAACAAAGCAAGACAAAAAAGAUUAAAAAAGGGAAAGGCGAUGGAGUUAAGCUUCCCAAUGCCCUUCCAAAUAUAUUUGCACAAAUUGAAAUGACUGAGAAAAGAGAGCGACAGAAAUUAUUGCAGCAAAUGCGAGAAGAAACCUCUGAUGAGAGAAAUGAUAAUAUGAGGGAGAUUUUUGAUUUUGUGGAUGAUAGUUAUGUAAAACAGGAACAAGGCACAAACAGAAAUAUAAGACAUGGUUAUGUCAAACCAGGAACCACUGUUCGAAGUACUGCACAAUCCCUUUCAGCUUCAUACACAAGAGUGUUCUUAAUUUUAAACAUAGCAACUUUCUUUUUCCUAUUAGCUUUACAGCUAAUUCGGUUUCAGAAAGCUCCAAGCUUGCACGCCCAAAGAUUUCUAUACGCCGUGCUUCUUUUGGAUAGCUUUGUGCUCCUCUGUUUGUAUUCCUCUUGUUCCCAAGCACAGUGCUAGACCAUGGAAGGCACCUCUCGAGAGACCAACUAUAUGCAGAAACAUUAACUAAGUGAUGUACUUAUGCAAGUACAAGAUUUGCACAUGAAGAUUUUUGUUUAAAAAAAAUGAUAUUUAACAGGGAAGCCAAAGAUUCAACAGAUCAAUGUUACGAACGGAAACUUUGUUAUUCUCCACUCUUGUAAAACUACCAAUAUUUCUCAAAAGGAAGAUUUGGAUGAAAUCAUCUCAUUGUGUGGCUAUUUUUCAAUCUGAGCUUUAUCUGUUUUCAGUUGGUGGAUUGACUCACAAUGUUUCACAGAGUUAACUCUUAUUUGUUUUCAUUGCCAUUUCCUUGCACACUGAACUGUAAAUUUAGAAUAUUGGGAAGUUUAGGUAACCUGCCUGUCUUAAUAAUCAACAGGAAUCUUCCUUCAUUUGAUUGUUUCAAGGCAUUGUAUCAAACUUAAACAAACAGUGUGCUGAACAA